AUGUCUGACUACUUGUUAAAAGAUUUAUGCAAUGACUAUGCUGAAUUGCUCAAUUGCGAAGAUGGUUACGACGUUAUCGUCAAGGUGGGAAAAACUCCCGAUUUCAAAGAGUUUCACGCACACGCAAACAUACUCAGAGCAAGGUCAGGAUACUUUAGAACAAAUCUGACAAAGGAUAGAACCAGGAAGGAGGACGGGUGCUACGUAAUUGCGAUACCGGAUAUGACACCAAAAAUCUUUGAGACAUUAUUAAGAUACAUGUACGCUGGACUAAUAGACCUUUCGACACAACGUGAUUCGGACGCACUUCAAUUGCUUACUUUCGCUGAAAAACUAGACUUGCAAUCACUAGUUACUUUUUGUCAAGAUCAUUUGAUCACUCAUUGUGCCGGAUGGCUGACGGCUAAUCUGAUGGAUAUCCUUCAGUUUGUCUCCCGUUAUCACUCACUUGGAAAGUUGAAAAACUUUUGCCUGCAGAAAGUCGUCGAGAAUCCAGCGUCGGUGUUUUAUUCCGAUAAAUUGUCAAGGCUAGAUGAAUCUAUUUUCGGUGAAUUGAUUGAGCGCGAUGAUAUGGGAAUGGAAGAGGUCGAUGUGUGGCUACAAGUGAUAAGAUGGGGAACGUCGAGGGUACGGAAUUUGAACACUAAGAACAAGUCUGAGUGGUCUCGUGAUGAUUUUGCUGAAUUAGAAAGAGUUCUUCACAAUUUACUCCCCAAGAUCAGAUUCUUUGAUAUAUCAUCUCAAGAUUAUUACGAUAAAGUGCGGCCAUAUAAAAAGAUACUUCCCAAGGACCUCAAAGAACAGCUAUUGCAUCAUUACCUUAAACCGGACUCGACACAACCAUCCACUGGUCCUCGUGAAUCGUCAUCCAUUAUAACAUCUACGCUUAUCACUCAUGCGCAUGCCGCAUUGAUAUCCGAAUGGAUCGAUGGGAGUAACUCUUAUGAAGUACCAGAGACAUCAAAACAUCGAUACAAGCUGUUGUAUAGGGGUUCUAGAGAUGGAUUCUCGGCACAAAGUUUUCACGAAAAAUGCGAUAAUAGUCCUGGGACGAUUGUGUUGAUCAAGCCAAGUGGCAAUAGCGGAAUUAUACUAGGCGGAUUUAAUCCCAACACAUGGAACAAUUAUAUUUUAGCAGCUAGUCAGUAUUACAAUAGUAACCAGACAUACCAAUAUUCUAACGAGACCUUUAUAUUCUCCUUCAAUGUUGCUAGAAACGACAGUAUUGCACCACAGCUGUCUAGGGUGCACAUGGGUAAUCAAGCCAUUGGGUGCGGUCCUGGUUGGGGUCCAUACUUUUACGACGAUUUGAUGACGUCUGACAAUUGUAAUUCAAACUCGGAUAGUUGGUAUCAACACAUGUUUUACAAGUGUGACUUGCUGAAGCGCGACGCGGCGGAACCAAAGAGUAGAUGGCAUUUUAAAGUGGAGGAUUAUGAAGUAUUUCACGUAUUAAAAAACGUUGUGACCGAAGAUCCAAUCGAGCAUGCGUUUACUCAGCGAUUCAAAAGAAAACGCCCAUAUAAUUCUUCCGUAAUGCUGUAG